AUGGCCGACUCAACGGACGAAGGAGCCAAUGCGGUGUCCGAACCGCUUGAUCUUGUCCGUCUCUCCCUCGAUGAGAUUGUGUUUGUGCGGUUACGUGGAGAUCGAGAGCUGAAAGGAAGACUACAUGCGUAUGAUAGCCAUUGUAAUCUUGUGCUCGGAGAUGUCGAAGAGACGAUCUACACUAUUGAAGACGAAGAGGACGGCGAAGAGACGGUCAAGACAACGAAGAAACAAUCCGAUAUGCUGUUCGUCCGAGGAGACUCGGUUGUCCUGAUCUCUCCCCAGCCGGGGUCAUGA